CACACUAUUUCCUUACUGUCAGACGCACUACAGCAAGGUAAUAGUUUGGUUCGUUGCACAAUUUAGGAAUAAACCUCUCCUGAAAUCGAAAUUGAACCGUAGCUGUUGGAGAGUGAAUUUUCUUAAAAUAAAAGAAGAUGGCGCAGUGGUACCAGCUUCAGAUGCUGGACUGUAAAUACCUGGAGCAGGUGGACCAGCUGUACGAUGACUCGUUCCCCAUGGACAUCCGACAGUAUCUGAGCAAAUGGAUUGAGAGCAUCGACUGGGACACGGUGGCCUUUCAGGACUCCCUGGCCACAGUUCGUUUCCAUGAUCUCCUUGCUCAGUUGGAUGACCAGCACUGCCGCUUUGCCCUGGAGAACAACUUCCUACUGCAACACAACAUCCGCAAGAUCAAAAGGAACCUGCAGGAUCGGUUCCAGGAAGAUCCCGUCCACAUGGCCAUGAUUAUCUCCAGAAACCUGAAGGAAGAGCAGAAGAUCCUGGCCAAUGCUAAAAGUGCUGAGGAGAAAGAAAGCCCGGUGUCAGCCAUGGUGGUGGAGAAGCAGAAGCUGGACAAUAAAGUCAAAGAGAUGAAAGACGGAGUCCAAGUGGCAGAUCAAAGUAUUAAGAAUCUGGAGGAUCUCCAAGACGAGUAUGUCUUCAAAGUCAAUACACUGAAGAGCAGAGAGAAUGAAAUGAACGGCAUGACACCGAAGGAGUUGGAGAAAGAGAAACUGAACGUUGGGAGGAUAUGCUUCGAACUGAAAGCUAAACGACAGGAUGUCGUGGUCCAGCUGGUGGAGGUCCUGAACGUCACACAGGCCUUAAUGUCAGACCUGAUCUCUGAGGAACUCCCUGAAUGGAAGCAGCGGCAGCAGAUCGCCUGUAUCGGAGGUCCGCCCAACGCCUGUGUGGACCAGCUGCAGACCUGGUUCACUGCUGCAGCAGAGACUCUACAACAGGUUCGUCAGCACCUGAAAAAGCUGCAGGAACUGGAGCAGAAGUUCACAUAUGACAACGACCCAAUCACACAGAAGAAAGCUUUCCUAGAGAGCCGGGCCCUGGACCUUCUCAAGAACCUCCUGUCGAACUCUCUGGUUGUGGAGAGACAGCCCUGUAUGCCCACUCACCCACAGAGACCCCUGGUGUUGAAAACAGGCGUCCAGUUCACGGUGAAACUCAGGUUUCUGGUGAAACUGCAGGAGUUCAACUACCAACUCAAAGUCAAGGUGGUGUUUGACAAGGACGUUACAGAGAAGAAAGGGUUUCGCAAGUUCAACAUUUUGGGAACAAACACCAAAGUUAUGAACAUGGAGGAGUCAAACGGCAGCUUGGCAGCAGAGUUCAGACAUUUGCAACUAAAGGAACAGAAAGUAACCGGGAACAGAACGAAUGAGGGUCCUCUGAUCGUCACCGAGGAGCUUCACUCCCUCAGCUUCGAGUCUGAGCUGCAGGUCAAUCAGUCAGGACUGGACAUCAAACUGGAGGCCCUGUCUCUGCCUGUUGUCGUCAUCUCUAAUGUCUGUCAGCUGCCCAGCGGCUGGGCCUCCAUCCUCUGGUACAACAUGUUGACGACUGAACCCAAGAACCUGAAGUUUUUCCUGUCUCCGCCACAAGCCAAGUGGUCUCAGCUGUCUGAUGUCCUCAGCUGGCAGUUCUCCUCCAUCACCAAGCGAGGCCUGAACCAGGAGCAGCUCAAUAUGCUGGCUGACAAACUGCUUGGAAGCAAAGCCCAGAGGAAUCCAGAAGGACAGAUCCCAUGGACCAAGUUCUGCAAACAGCAGAGUGCUAAUGAGAAAGCGUUUCCCUUCUGGCUGUGGAUCGAGGGAAUCCUGGAUCUGAUUAAAAGACACCUACUGUCCCUGUGGAACGAUGGUUCCAUCAUGGGCUUCAUCAGUAAAGAAAGGGAGAAGGCUCUGCUCAGCGAUAAGUGUCCUGGAACCUUCCUGCUCCGCUUUAGUGAGAGUAGCAGAGAAGGAGCCAUCACCUUCACCUGGAUUGAGCACGACAUGUACAACAAGCCGGUGUUUCACUCUGUGGAGCCGUACACGAAGAAGGAGCUGUCCGCCGUCUCGCUGCCCGACAUCAUCCGCACAUACAAGGUGAUGGCGGCGGAGAAUAUCCCAGAGAACCCGCUGCGCUUCCUCUACCCCAACAUCCCCAAAGACAAGGCCUUUGGGAAGUACUACCCCAAACCCUCUGAGACUCCAGAGCCCAUGGACGUGGAGAACACCGAGAAGACAGGUUACAUGAAGACAGAACUCAUAUCUGUUUCAGAAGUACAUCCGUCCCGGCUGCAGGACAACAUGAUGCCUAUGUCUCCUGAUGAAUAUAAGGCUCUGGAGCAGUUCGUCGGUCACAGAGACAUCAGUGUUGUGGUGAGUUCUGUGACCAACAAUCUGCUUGGAUUGGAAGAGUUUGACGAUCAGAUGAACGCUGAGUUUCAGGACCGGAACUGAGGUGGUCGGAGCCCCUUCCCUUCUUUCACCUGCGUCUCAUUUCCUGCUCUACAUUGUCUUUGUUUUACUAAAGAUGGAAGCUGUUUAUCGCAGAUCGAAGGCCUCAAAAGACAAAGGCACUUAAUUCAAGAGGACGUUCGACCUUUGUAAGGUUCAGGUCAGAGGCCACGAUUCCCUGUAGCCAAUCAGCUGGGACCAUGGUGUUCCUGUCAGACGGUAACUGUCACUUUAUUUCUGUACAUAAAUUUUAGAAACGUAGACCAGGGGUGUCAAACAUACGGCCCGUGGGCCAAACCGGCUACCAAAGGAUCCGAUCCAGCCCGUAGGAUAAAUUUGUCAAAUGCAGAAAUUGCACCGAAGACAUUAACGAUCCAAGGAUGUUAAAUUCAUUAUAGUUCAGGGACCAAAUACAGACCAAUAUGAUCUCAAGUAAAAUACCAUCAUAAUAACCUAUAAAUAAUGACAACUUCAAAUUUUUGUCUAAACUCCUCCAACUUUACAUUUCCGUGCGUCUGGAUCAUUCCAGUCAAUGUCCCCAUUAAUGCUGGUGUAUCCUAGAACAGUUUUUACAGCGUAUUGUCUCCAGUAGCGCACAUAAAAUCCUCAUUUAAAUAGGGCGGUCUCCAAGACUUUGCACCUGUUGUCAUAUGCACAGGCAGUCUUUGUAAAUCACCUGCAAACCGCGGUUCAACCCCACACGCAAAAUUCUAGAUUGGGAUCCGAGUAGAUCUUGGCCCAAUAUUUUUAAAAUUGCAUUUAUUUUUCUCAAGAAAUUUCAGGUUGUUCAUGUUAUUUAAUUUUUUUUUAAAGGAUAAAUUUUACAUAUGAAUAUUUCCAUAAUAAAAUUUUACUUUUUUUUUCACUUUUUUCAGUUGGGGGUUGAAAUUAUUCCUAGGUUAUUAUGGAAGAUAAUGGAUGGAUGGAUGGAUGGAUGGUUAUUAUGUUAAAAUUUCAGUGGUCUGAUCCGUUUGAGAUCAUAUUGGGAUGAAUGUAACCCCUGAAUAUGAUCAAAUGUACCAGUGGAGAACGACAAUUGAGCAACGAUUUGAGUCACUGCGUAACGUGACAUCAAAGCUCGUGAAUUUUCUUUUUUUUUUAUAUAUAUAUAAAUAAAACAAAGUAAGUACAUUUCAUUGUUCUUUUGUUGUAGUACUACACUGUGCAGAUGACACACAGCUCAUUUUACUGUUUUAUAUCAAUAUUUUCAUAGACAUCCAUGUGUUUUUCUCAAAUAGAUUCAGAGGCAAAGCUUCAAGAUGUUUUUAUUUCAUAAUUACAAAUCAGGAUCUGCGAAUUACGAGAAAAUGGGUCAGAUUUAGUCAGAUGUUCAAAGAAGUACUGUUAAGAUUUACUUGAGUCACUUCUGGAAAGGCAGCGACAUGUUUGUGUCUGGCCUUACUGUGCAUGUACACUGAUAAGGAAAAGUCUUUAUAAUGUGAUUUACCAAGUUUUGUGCUCAUUGUUUUCCUGCUAAUUGUGCCGUCACACAACAGAAUAAAAGGAAAUCUGAACAAGU